AUGGCUAUCCCCAGGAAUCUAGUCUAUGUGUUCCUACUAGCCAUUAUUAUAGCUUUUGCUGGCAUGAUUUAUGUGAUCUACUCUGAAAAAGAUUUGACCUCUUUCAUUCACUCUAGUUCUAUCGAGGUCCAAGAAAACAUAAUGGUGCAUCCAUUAUUCUAAUAGCUAUAAGAGCAAAUGCAAAAACUAGAUGAAGUUCCUAGACUUGACUUCAAAGAUCUUUCACCGAAGAAAUUUUACAAAGAGUACUUGACUAGAAACAUUCCCUUGGUAGUAGAGAAUGGGUGCAAAUAAUGGCCAGCAUUCAAAAAGUGGGGAGACAUGUCGUAUCUUGAAUAGUCAUUUGGCAGCUAGUCACUCUAUAUCUAAAGGCUAGAAAGAAAUGAUAAAAGCAGAAUAUUUCAAAAUUAUGGCAUGUAAAUCUACAAUAGAAGAAACACAUUUGAGUAUUUUAAGAACAAGACUGAGAAUGACACUGAUGGUGGAUUAGUUAUGUAUUUCUUCCAAAAUGAAAUGAUAGUAAAUAGAAAUCUAAUACAUGACAUUCAGAAGCCAAAUUUCCUGAGUAAAAUAUUGAGAAACAGACUAACUGGCAUGACUAUGUGGGCACCAUUCGUUAGGAAGCCAGAGUAUAAGGACAAAGAGAGAUAUGUCUGUGUAAUUAAAGGGAGUGAAUAAUUUAGGAUGGUUUCACCAGUUUACAAACAUGAAAUUUACUCAGGAGUGCUUGAAGAAUUAGAUCCAGAAAUAACUCCCUUAAAUUUCUUUCAACGCGUGAACACAACUAAAUUCCCCUUAUAUGAGAGAGCUAAGGUGUUAAACAUCAUUGUGGAUGAGGGAGACUGUCUCUUUGUACCAGCCUUUUAUUGGGUACAAUCUCACACUGUGGCAGAAGAAGCUAUACUAGUUAAUUUUGAAUACGAGUCUCACAGUGAACUAGCAAAUUUACUAUUCAAAGCAAUUGACCAUGGAAUUCUUGAAGAUGAUUGA